AUGAUUGGAAAUAAUAUAACUUUGAGUAAAGAAUUCAAGGAAGAGAUGAUGGAAGUCUUUGAGAUGACUGAUCUUGGCGAGAUGACUUAUUUUCUGGGAAUGGAGAUCAAGAAAACUCGAAAUGAAGUCUUUAUUUGUCAAAAGAAAUACAUAAAGGAGAUUCUUAAAAGAUUUAGGAUGGAAGAAUGCAAGAGUGUGAGUACUCCGAUGAAUCAAAAAGAAAAAUUGAAACAGGAUGAUGGAGCUGAGCUAGUUGAUGAAGAAGCAUAUCGAAGCUUAACUGGAUGCUUGAUGUAUCUUACGACAACAAGGCCUAACAUUUUGUUUCCUGUGAGUGUUUUAUCCAGAUUUUUAAAUUGUGCAAGUGAGUUGCACAUGAUAGCUGCCAAAAGAGUAGUUAGGUAUGUUAUAGGAACUCUAGCCUAUGGUAUCAAAUUUGGCAAAAGUCAGAACUUCAAACUCUUUGGAUAUUGUGAUAGUGAUUGGGGCGGCUCAACUGGUGAUAUGAAAAGUAAUUCCUGUUAUUGCUUCACUUUUGGAUCAGGGUGUUUCUCAUGGUGCUCAAUGAAACAAGAAACAGUAGCACAGUUAACAGCUGAAGCAUAA